AGCACAAGCACAAACGCACAGCGACCAUCUGAUAGGAUCGUCCUCGUCCCCCAGUGGCCCAGUGCACCAGCUUCUCCAGCGGCAGGCAUCCAAUGGCGGGCCAAGUGAUGGAGGCUCACGCUCAUCAUCAGGCGCGGCUGCAGCCUCCGGCAGUGCCGCCGUUCGCGCCGCUGCCGCCCAGCUGCAAGAACGACGUCCACCAUUUCCCGGCCGCGAUGGCCACGCCCGGCUCCAACGCCGCCGCCGCGGCCGACAUGGCCGCCUACCUCCAGCAGCUGCAGGACACCGCGGCGGCCGCCGCCGAGGCGAACAAGAGCAGCAGCGGCGGCAAUGGCGGCGGCGCGGCGCGCGGGGAGCAGUGCCCCCGGUGCGCGUCGCACGACACCAAGUUCUGCUAUUACAACAACUACAACACGUCGCAGCCGCGGCACUUCUGCCGCGCCUGCCGCCGCUACUGGACAUUGGGCGGGUCCCUACGCAACGUCCCCAUCGGCGGGUCCACGCGCAAGCGCCCGCGCCUCGCGCAUCACCACCAUCACCACCAGCAACAGCCGGCGGCGGCCAGGCGCGCCCCGGUCUUCGGCCUCGGCCUCGGCGGCGGUGGCGGCGCGCAUCCUCCGAUGCCGUCCUCGUCGUCGUCGCAGGCGGGUGGCCUCCUCGGCUCGCUGUUCGCGCUCGGCGCCGCCGCGCCGCUGCUCGACGGCCCCGCGGCGCCGAUGCUGGAGGGCCGCGGCGCGGGGUUGUUCGACCUCGGCCUCGGGCUGCCGGUACCAGGCGGGGCCGUGGGCGGCGCUGGCGAUGCGGGCGUGCAGAUGCAGGGCCUCGGGCUCAUCAGGGGAGGCGGCGGUGGCCACGCCGGCGGGGCGUCGUCGGGGCUGUUCUGGCCUGCCGGGCUGCUGGACAGCGACAGCGUGGACACGUGGAAGAUGCUCCCCGGCGUCGGAGCGGGUGCAAUGUGGCCGGAGUUCUCUGCGGCGGCGGCGCCGGCGCCACAGGCAGGCGGGCUGCUGCACGGCGGCGCGCAGCUCAUGUGAGAGUGCACGCGGCCGGCCGUCUUCUCCUUCGUUGGUUCCCCAUACAGUAUAAGCGCUCUAUAGGCAUGCAGUGCAGCUCUGCUCGCAUGCGUACGUAGUCUGUUAAAAAUUUUUGUUCAGGUGCCCUGCGAUCCAUGUCUUCGUUUGUGUCGUGUCCUCUGUGUCCUGUUGCCCGUGUUAGAUGGCUAGAAAGGGCCCUAGUUUGCAGAGCUUUGGUCUCUAGCUAGUAGAGUGUGGUCAUCUAUAUCUCUGUGAUAGUCCUAAAGACUAGCGUCUCUUGUAUGCAUGUGAAUGUUAAGCUUUAUUAUGGUA